AUGCAGUCACAAAUACAGUUUGUCCCUGUUUCUGGGCCUACGAGACCCAUGUCGUCCGAGUCGCGAAAGUUAUGCCACUCACAUGCCACUCGUCAAGCGCAUGCCAAGAAACGGCGGUUGAGGGUGCAGAAGCAUCAGAAAGGAUUGAAACUGGCUCAGGAGGAGGACCACCAGGCGUUCAGGACAGCUCUCGUUCCUCUGAACAGCACACCAAAUUACCACAAGGGCGGUCUCUUCACAUCUUUAGCGAGCUCCUUGGCGCCUGCGGAGUAUGGUCUGCUGCGUCACUACUUCAGCGUUAUGGUGCCCUAUAUGGCUGUCAACUGUAGUCUUUUCAAUUUUGAGGGAGAUCACGGCCUCCGCAUCCUCCGAGAUUGGGUUGGGCUUGCCAUCGCGGACAAGAACUUCCUAGACACGGCUAUCCUCCUCUAUGAGCUUUGGAGACACAAAGACGGCCAUACAACACUGUCAGGGCGUGGUCUCCAUGGUUGA